AAGCCCAGCCUAACAGGCUGCUUCCUCAUUCAUUGUGCCGUCCUGCUCUGUAUUAGCGGAGACUCUGGAGGUCUUUCCACCGCCCAGUGAAGCUCUCAGCCCAGGCCUGUGGUCUCGACUGUCUGCGCUGCUCAGUACUGGAAUAGGGGGCACGCCGGGGGUCUGGGUGGAGUUCUUGCCCGAUCUGAGGAAUGUGACGCACGGACGGGAAGGAACUCACAUCGGCGGUUUCACGGAGGUGGAGCGAUACUCUUUGGUAGAAAGAUACGACAGGAGACGAGCUUUUCUUUCGGACUUGGGAGGUUAAAAUGUACCUCCUUUAACUCUACUCAACCCUGAAUCAGAACUUUUGGUCCCAACUCUCUUUCCAAAGAUGCCAAAUCGAUCUCAGAGUUCAUCGAUUGGGGAAAACCCUCUCGACCCAAACUACCUGCCCCCACAUUACCGUGAGGAGUACCGUCUAGCUAUUGAUGCUUUGAUAGAAAAGGACAUUAAGGGCUACUAUGAGUUCCUCCAGAGCACAGAUGUGGUGAAUUUCCUGGCACAGCCGGAAAUUGAAUUUAUUAAGUCCACAAUCCAGACCCCUAACCUAUCAUCGAGCGUCCCAGAGCUGACAUACCAUGAAGGAGGUCAUGAGGUUGAUGGCUCCUCUGAUACCUACUGGCCGAUGCAGUCCGACCUGGCUGCACCGGGGCUGGACCUGGGCUGGCCACUGCCACAGCACAGCUUCCGGGGGCCCACAGAGGUCACCACUCUGGUCAACCCAUCUGACCCAGACAUGCCAAGCAUCAAGGAGCAGGCCAGGAGACUCAUCAAGAAAGCAUGCCAAGUUAUUGCUGUUGUGAUGGACAUAUUCACAGAUGUUGACAUUUUUUCCGACCUUUUGGAUGCAACAGCACGACAUGUUCCUGUUUACAUUCUGUUGGAUGAGCAAGAUGCCCAUCACUUUGUCUCAAUGGUCGUCAACUGCAAGGUCAACUUGGAUCUAAAUCCUAUGAUGCGAGUAAGGACUGUGGGAGGAAUAACCUAUCAUUCACGGAGUGGGAAAUCAUUUAAAGGGCAGGUGAAAGAUCGUUUCCUUCUGGCUGACUGCAGUGCUGUACUAAGUGGCAACUACAGUUUCAUGUGGUCUUAUGAGAAGAUCCAUCGUUCCAUUGCCCACCUCUUCCUCGGGGAGCUGGUUUCCACCUUUGAUGAAGAAUUUCGUAUUCUCUUUGCUCAAUCAGAGCCUCUAGUCAUUGACCCAUCUGAUCGGCCACUUGCAGUCUCUGACACCAGCAGUACUAGCAGUUACUUUAGCAGCCAGUACGGUUUCAAGAGGACCCAGUCCUUGCGUGAACCCAUCGGUUUCCGCAGGCUGCCUGAGAUUACCUCGGGCUUUCCCUAUGGAGACUCUGCACUUCCUUUCCGGAGGAAUGACCCAUUCCGCCACACCGCUGAACCUGGAGCAGGAAUUACAAUCGGGAAGUAUUCACAGCAACAGUUUCGUCUGCAGCAGUCAUAUCUGGAGCAGGGAAGGUCCAUAGUGUCCCGGCAGAUGGAGAUGAGUAGCAGUGCCUUUCAGAGGCACAGCUAUGCGGAGGGAACCCAGGAAAACUACUCAUCCUCAAGGCAAUACAUGAAGCACAGAGUCAUGAACAAUCUGGAUGAGACAGACUUCCACAGGGAGCAGACCAGAAGUAGCAAUGAAGGGCCUGGGCCAGGUUCAGGCCAUGGACACCGAGGUCGCCAUUCACAUCUCUCUAUCGAUCAGUAUUCAGACUCAAGUUUUCGCUCAGAUAAAGAGCCUCCACCAGGAAAUCAUGGCAGAGACUACUUUUCAUCAGAGGAUUUGAGAGGACCUGAUGGGCACCAGGCUGCUCCAUUAGCUGGGAGAUAUGGAGGAGGGUCUUCUCAAAAGAGGCCAACAAUAGGUCAGGCAUAUGCCUGUCAGAACUCACCCACACAGCCCCAUCCACCAGAGAAGCAACAUUUCCCCAAGGAAUCUGAUCCAGAGCAUGAAGAAGAUGCAGAAGCUAGGCAUGGCAUGAGGAAUUGGAGAAUCCAUUCCUAUCUAAGCUCAUAUGAGGAAGGUGUAGAGGAGGGUCUUGCUCAGCCUUUGGGGCCUGAUGCAUUUGAAGAUCCUCAACCAUCUCAACAGCUAACUGACCCAGAAAGUUCUGCUCGCUUUGGAAUAAAAGAGCAAGAAAAUGUUCCCUCUAAACCCAGACCAGAUGUCCUGAGACCCCGCUUUGGUAAGCCCAUUUUACCUGAGAGCAGCAGUAAAGACCUUGUAUCAACAACAACAACAAAGGAUCUACUUCCGUCAGUCAGUGACUUAAAACCAUUUGCACUGGAGAAAAAGGAGAGGGAGGCUGCAAAAGAAAGGGAGAGGGGGACAGAUAGGGGUGCACCAAGGGAGGUUGGUGCUGAUGUGGGGAUGAAAGAGGGUCCGGACCGCCUCUUAUCCAAACAUGAAUCAUUCCGCACACGAAAUAACCCACUCCUCCAACGCAGUUCUCGACUGCGUUCUUCACUGAUAUUUUCAUCUUCCAAGGCCGAAACGCACAGUGGUAGCUUAGGCCUUAAACCAGCAACAGAGAUAGACGAGGAGUUAGACUCAGUACGCACUUCUUCAAUUGUGGCCCAGAUCCUGGAGAAGAGAAGAUCACUGACUCGUGAGCCUUUUGAUUGGAGAAAGAAGGCGGAGGAAAAAGAGAAGGAGAAGCAAAAUGAGAUCGAGAAACCGAAAGAAGAACAGCCAGAGGAAAAGAACACUGUUUUGAAAGAUGACAUUCAAGCAAAAGCUGAAUCUCAGAAAACUAAGGAAGAGGAUAAGACAUUACCAGCUGUCGAGAAAUCUAAAGUAACAUCAGCAUCUUUGAACAUGAAUGACCCAGCUAGUCGACUACAGUAUUUUCAAGACCUUGCUGCCAAGAGAAAAGCCUCAAAAAUGGGCACAGAGUCAUCGCUGAAAGACACAGAGCCUGCUGAAAAAAAGUCAGACCUUAGCGAUACACCUCCCAAAAACACAGCUCCAGAAAUCCCAACAGUUUCUAUUAGUUCAGCAGAAUCUGAACCAAAGAGGCCAGACAUAUCUGCAAAACUGGCAGAGCUCACUCGCAAACCUUCAGUUGGUUCCUCAAAACCACCAAUAAUCACUGCCAAGCCUUAUGUGAGCAGCCAGAAGCCUCCAGAGACAAACCAAACUCAAAAAGAGGUGACUGCAUCAGAGGGUCAAAAGAAGGAUAUAUUUAAGUCCCUAAAGCCACUUGCUUCGCCAAAGCUCUUUAGGAAGGACCCACUGAAGCUUAAAGCGCUGAAUCCUCGUCGUAUCUCAUGUGGUGAAGAGGUACUGGCAACAGACGCAACAGAUGCAGAGAAGAGUGAACUAAAAAAGAGCCGCUCUCAAAGUUCAUCCACUCUGCCACGUGAUGACUCAAAGGAAGGACUGCAAAAGGUUAUGGGAUCUAAUACAUCCAUCAACACUCUUGGUGAGGCAAAAGGUGAGGGCAAGACACUUGACUUCUUAAAGAAACAGACUCAGAGGCUCAAGGGAUUCCUGGGGCCAAAGGAUAAAGAAAAGAAAUCAUCGGGAGAUGAUAAGAGCAUGAGCACGGUCAUGGAGAUCACUGAUGAUUCAAGCAAAAAGCCAAGUUCAGCAGGAAAAAGUACAGGACCUACUACUACUGAUCCAUCUUCAGCCAAUCACAAGACAACAACUAGCACUUCAGGCCCAACCCGAUACCAGGCCCAAGGCGGCUCUGUUAUUUUUAGUAGCAACCUAAGAGAUGACACCAAAGUGAUUCUUGAGCAAAUCUCCGCCAAUAGCCAGAAGAACCGUCUGGAGAGGGAAGAAACAGGAGGGGAAAAAGAAAGUGAAAAUGGGGAAAAGGUACUGGAGAGGCAAAACUCCUUAAGAAGAAAUCGAUUUCUCCGCCCACCAGGAAAUGUCCAGGAGAGGGAGGGACUGCUGAAGAGGAUAGAGAGCUUGAGGAAGGAGAAGAAGGUCUACAGCCGCUUUGAGGUAGCCUAUCACAGCAAGGAUGAUUUUUGCAGUAAGAAUAUGGGGAAUAACCUGGGAUAACGAGAUGGAGGAGCGACCUUUUAUAUGGAAACUAUUUAUGCAAGAUGAUCAAAAGAACAAUUGCCCAUAUGUGCCAACGACUCUAUCAAAGUACCUCUGUGGCUCCACACCACAGCCUUUCCUGACUUUCACACAAAGUAAUAAAACUUGAAGAGACAAUAUAUAAAAUGCUGAAAACAAACUUUGGAUAAUGAGUUUGGAAUGUGCCCGUUUGCCAAGUCUUGGUACUACUUUUACCAUUUAUGGUGACUGAGAUAAAGAAUUGACUCUACUUGUGCAGUGGCUGCAUGGGCUGGUGUUUCAUCAACCAGAAAAAGAUUAGGCAAAUUACCGAUAAUUGAUUUUGUAUGAACAUGACUGAGGGAGUUGAGAAAAUAAAAAGGAAGAAAGAACAUAUUGCUCCUGAGGGAACAUGAAUAUGAAUGAACAUGUAUGUGUGUCAGGUAGAACUUGUUUGAAACUGAAUGGGAGACAGUGCCUUUGUGGAUUCAACAUGUGCCAAUGGCUGACAAGGGCUUUGCUAAAGCUGGAAGGACUAACACACAGGAUAGAGAAUAUGCGGUAUGUUGUUAUGAAGAGGAAUAGACUUCGAUGAAGUGAUGAAUGUUGAAAAUGUAAGGACAAGUGUGCGAGAUCAUAGAGUAUAUGGAGUGAGACAAAAUUAUUAAGAAUAUGUUAACUCAAGUUAAAGUAGUUAAAGUAGAAUGGUUUCAAUCAAAAGAGCUUUUAGUGAACUUUGCCCUCUACAGAAAGAGAAGUGUACCUUUCCGUUAAGGCGUGAAAUUACUUAACAGGGUUAAGGAUAUCAAAUGACCAGUUAGAGAGGGGCCUUUCAGUGCUCAUGGUAGAGGAGUUGUGUUUGAAAUGUAAAUGUAAUGUUCUCUUUUGCAGUCCAUAUAAAUUGGAAAGUAAAACUGUACACAGCUGCCCUUAACUACUGCAAAAAAAAAAAAAAAAGCCAUUUUGAAAUUACUCCAAAUGUUCCAUUCUCAGAUAAUUAACAAGUCAUUAACUGUAAAAAAAAGUUGGACAAAAAGAGAAAGUGUGCAUUUUGCAGUACUGGAGCAAGGUAUUGCCAGCAUACACAAGUUAUCUAACUUCUUGAGCUACGCCCUGCAAGUUCCUUUGUUCAGUCUAAACAUAAUUAAACCAAGGGUUUAGUUUAAUUGUACAGUUUCCAGGCUGCUUGACAGCCCGGUUGAGCAUCAAAUAAUUCAGUCUUUGAUGUCUUUUGUAAAAAAUUUAAAAGAUUGAGUGGUCUUUUGCUAUGCAGACACAUCAGGGGCUACAGCUUUCUCAUGGGAUAAUGUAAAUAUUUAUGUAUAAAGAGCUUGGUGAUGUUUUAAUAAUGAAAUAAGAUUAUGGUCACCGUUACCUUACUUUUGCUGUGACUUGUUCUUUUUUAAUAAAGGUGUAAAUAUGUGGUCUUGGCUGUACAAAGUAAUUGGUGUUGAUUAGGGGAAAUGUGUUUUUCACAACCUGAGAUAGUAUUACAUUGUGUUGGAAAGUUUGCAAGUCUUUUAUUAAAUUACUUUGAAACUUAA